CCUACGCGCCCAUCCUCGAUGCUCAUCACAACCCUCAACCUCAUCCUCGACUUUAUUCUCGCUCCAUUCAGAUACCUUGCCGCCGCAUUCUAUGCUGAAGACGGCUCCUUCUCUCUACUCAUACCCAUGCGAUCUAUGCGCCGCUUAUUCUCACCCGAACCGCCCGAGUUCGCUGCCCCGACUCCACCCAUGAAGCCUCAUACACGCCCGCGGGGCACCUCUGUCGACUCGAUCGCUUCUUCCAUACCCUCCGACGAAGAGGGGGACCUAUCUGUAUCCUAUGACAAAGGCCCUGCCCACCACACUCGGUCCAAAUCUGCUGCCGACAAAGACGAGAUAGCCCCUGCCAAACGUUCGAUCCGCAUCAAGCUUCACAACAACGAAGAUGCCCUGCGCCGUAGACGCCAACGCGCCACCUCGGAUCCCGACAAGUCGGAGCAAGACAAGGUCGCCGCUGUUGCGAACUCUCUAAAGUCUCCCUCAAACUCGGCUGCCACAAAGCUCAGGUAUCCACGUGCUCCUGCUCCUCCUAGACCUCUAGUACCUCGCCGCCAGCCAUCCUACGUCAUGUCCUAUAACCCCGACCCUCCUAAGAAGACCCUCAUCAUCGACUUGGAUGAGACGUUAAUUCACAGUAUGGCCAAAGGUGGGAGAAUGAGCACUGGUCAUAUGGUCGAAGUCAAGCUUCACGGUCCCAUUGGAGGGAACGGCAUGCUUCUUGGCCCUCAGGUUCCUAUAUUGUACUAUGUACAUGAGCGCCCAUACUGUCACGACUUUCUGCGCAAGGUUUGCAAAUGGUACAAUCUCAUAGUCUUUACCGCAUCUGUGCAAGAAUACGCUGAUCCUGUCAUUGACUGGGUCGAACGCGAACGCAAAUACUUUAGCGGCAGAUACUACCGCCAGCACUGCACGUUUCGCAAUGGCGCAUACAUCAAGGAUCUGACACAAGUCGAACCUGAUCUGAGUAAAGUCAUGAUUCUCGACAACAGCCCCAUGAGCUAUAUUUUCCACGAAGACAACGCAAUCCCGAUAGAAGGCUGGAUAAGCGAUCCCACAGAUAAUGACCUCUUGCAUCUCGUGCCUCUGCUCGAGGGUCUGCAGUACGUCACGGAUGUACGAGCUCUUCUGGCAUUGCGGCUUGGACAA